AUGGAUGAAACUACGUUUCUCUUGGAGUUGAAGUUCGUUUCUUCUUUGUGUUUUCAUAACUUCUUCAACCUUCUAUGCGAAGAAACCGUUUCCUUUCUCUCCGUGUUCUCUUCGGAUCCCCUGUUUCAUUGCAUCGUGACGUUUUGCACCUUAGUUUUCCUCUACUUGCCACACCUUUUCUUGAAGAUAGUGCUGUCGCCGGUUCUCAUUCUCACCGCGAUUCUCCUUCUCUUCAUUCUCCGCCUCGGUGCAAUUCAGAAAUCACAACACGAACGCAGGGAAAACAAAGGGAAGCACGAGGAACCACCCAUCAUUUACGAAGAGAACAGGGAAAGCAAAUGCAGGGGAGAGAAACAGAGUUCGAGUCCCAUCGAACCCAACGAAAUAGAGAGGAUAGAAGAAGUGCACCAAUGGGUCCGUUCGGAAACAGAGGCCGCUUCCGACAUGGGUUUUGAGCCAAGCUCGUGUUUUUUCGAGUGGAACGUAAAAGCGCCAUUGGAGGUGAUAUAUGAGGAGUAUGGUGAAGGUGAAGAAGCAGGGAAUGAUGCAAACGAAAACGUGGGAAUCGUAAGGUACCCUUCGUUGUCGCGUUUUUACCCGGAAUCGGAUUCGGAUAGCGAAUCGGAGAGUGAUUUUCCGGUGAUCGGAGAUUGGGACUCGCCGGAGGACGCCGAGUUCAGGUGGGGCGAAAAAGAAGAAGAAGAAGAAGAUGAAGACAGAGAAGGGUUGAUUGAGAUAGCUCUUGAUGGAUGCAAGAGGAAGAGAAGCAUGUUGUUUCACUUCGAAGAAGAGAAUUUGAUUGAGAUUGAUAUUUCGCCGUCCAGGUACAGAGAACUUUCCGGCGACGAGGAACUGUUUUCCGGGUUGCUCGUUCCACUUCCUGGAUCCCUCCUUCCACACCCAAACAGUAAUAACAAAGUCUUGCAGCCAAAUUUGCAGAUACAUACGUGGCAGUUGUUCUAG